AUAAUGUCUAUAAAAACAAAUGAACAUAUCAAGAAUUAUUGACAUAUUAUUUCUUGUUAUGUAAAUAACAGGAAAUAAAUUCAGAAUUCAGAACUCUUGUCUCAUAUUCAUCUUUUGAACAGGUUCAACCACAGUCACUUUUACUUAUCUUUAUAAACAACAAUAACAGUAAACACAGUAAGUAAGUGUAGUGCUGAAAGUCGAUAAGAAUAAGUGGAAAAUAGAAAAUUGGCAAUAAAACAUGAACAGGGAUCAGAAAAUGGCCGCUAGGUGGCGACGAAGCCCGGGAAUAUAAGAUAAUGACAACACAAGCAACCGAGUGAAAACCACUUCCUUGAUGAAAAGGAAAUCACAUGCUGACACUUCCUGUGAAGACUUUCAAAAUAAAGCAUCGAAUGCACACAGUGUUAAUGUGGUGACGAUAUAUACGAUCUGUGGUGUUAACGACGAGAGACGGACCUGAAUCCAGCUUUGUCUCAAAUAACGGAUCCGUUUCGGUUGGUGAAGAGUCUCUGUGACCUCUGUCGAGUUGUUCGGGGAAAUAUGAACUGUCGGUACCGGCGGCGGUGACCCGGAUGUGAACUGUAAGUCAGCAGCUCAACAUCCCGACCGUUUGUUUUCAAGACUUUCUCCCACCUCUGAACACCACACACCGCAGAACUGGGACCGGACCGGCCGCUCUGAGUUGAUAAACCCGGCGCUGCCGUACGGCGGCACCAAGCGAACCACCAUGGCGGCGGUGAGAACUUUCUCCGGGCAGACGGAGCUGAUCAUGGAGGCGGCGGUGGAAGCGGUGGUCUCCGUCAUCCAGCAGAGACUCGAACAGCAGGGGACCAACGGCGAGGACAAUGAGAUUCAGCUGACCACCGUCCUCACUGUGAUGUCUAGAGAAGCUGUUCGUAAAAUCUGCAGCGUGUUCAGAGAACUGUACAUGAGUUUAGAGAAGCAAACCGAAGCUCUGAGGGACGAAGUGAAACGCCUGGAAUCUCAACUGAAGAACCAGAAAAAAACUGCAGGCGAGAAGAACCAGACUCAGACGCUUUAUAAGAUCAAACCUGCAGACGGACCCUCUCUGUCUCUGGACAUCAACCAAUCAGCUGCAAACCCUGCAGCUCUUGCCAUGGCCAUCCUUAACUCCACCAAACCCUCCCCCAGAACCCGCAGCAGUCCUCAGGUUCCUCUGGUCAUCAUCAGCCAGCCGCUCCCUGCACCAAUCACAGGGCAGACCAGUAGUGGCUCCCAGGUGGUGCAGGAAGCACCUGAUCAGCCUCCUGGUCUGGGUCUCGUUGAGACUGAAGUGGUCUCAGAGUCAAUCCAGAUCUCUGAUGGAUCUCCAGAUUUGAUCCAGUCCUCGUCACACUCGACACCACUCCCUGUGGUUAACAAUCAGCCAACCAGUGAGCUCACAGGUGUGUCAGUCAGUAACACCCCGCCCACACGUGAAGAAGAACCAGCUGUGGACGAAUCAGAGAGGAAGAUGGAAUCUGAAGGUCAAAGACGACCAGGUGUGACUGAGGAGGAGCAGAAGGAGGAGGAGCGGAGGAGGAGGAGGGAGCUGUACAAAGAGAAGCGCUUUUUCUGCGAGCUGUGUAACAAAGGUUUCCAUCAGCAGCACCAGCUGAGGAAACACGUGUCCUGUCACCUCAAACCGUUUCCCUGCAGCUCCUGUGACAAAGGUUUCUACAAAGCCCAGACUCUGCAGCAGCACCAGCUAAGCCACCGUCUGAGGGAGGCGCAGGAGAACGACCCCGACAAGCUGUUGUGCUGCGACCAGUGCAACAGGAAGUUCAGGCUGCUCCGCCAGCUCCGAGUCCACCAGGCGUCCCACCGCCUCGAGAAGACGCCGCUCCGGUGCCGUGCCUGCGACCGCACCUUCACCUCGGCCGGUGCGCUGCGCUACCACGAGGUGUCGCAUGCCAAAGUCAAGCCCUUCAUGUGCGACGUGUGUGGGAAGAGCUUCACCAGGAAGAAGAGCCUGCGCGAGCACCAGACGGUCCAUACCGGCGCCCGGCCGUACCCCUGCCAGACCUGUGGGAAGAGCUUCUCCACCACCAGCAACCUGCGCGUCCACAAGAGGUCGCAUUCAGACGAGCGCCCAUUCAAGUGCAACGAGUGCGACAAGGCCUUCAAGUGCAGGAUGGGUCUGCUGCAGCACCGAGUCGUCCACUCAGGAGAGAAACCCUAUGAGUGUCAGACCUGUGGCCUGAGCUUCGGCCUCAAGUACAACUUCCAGAGACACCUGCGUCUUCACAACGGAGAGAAACCCUUCAGGUGUGACAAGUGUGGGGAGUCCUUCUCAGGGACCUGGGCUCUGAAGACCCACAUGCUGGUUCAUGGUGUGGAGAAACCAUUCAUGUGUGACCUGUGUGGGAAGACGUUCUUCUACAACUGUCAGCUGCAGAAACACCAGCAGCUGGUCCACGGCAGUAAGGAGGGGGGGCAGGAGGAGGGGCAGGGCAGACCCAGGGCCUCCAGGGUGAAGCCCUUCAGCUGUAAAGUCUGUGUGAAGAGCUUCAGCAGCAGCACCUCGCUGAGGACGCACGAGAGGAUCCACGCCGACAACAAAGAGUUCACCUGCGACACCUGUGGGAAGUCCUUUCACCUGCGACACCUGUACCUGUACCACCUGAGGCAGCACAGCGGCGACCGGCCGUACACCUGUGGCAUCUGUCAGAAAGGUUUCCUGCUUUCAUCGCAGCUGAAGCAGCACCAGCUGCUGCACACCGGAGUGAAACCUCACCGCUGCCAACAGUGCGGGAAAGAGUUCAGGACGCCACAGAACUACCACCGCCACCGGUUGGUCCACACCGGAGAGAAACCCUACCAGUGCACCGUCUGCAGCAGGAAGUUCAGGCAGUCCAACCAGCUCAAGUCUCACAUGCAAAUCCACACGGGCGUGAAGCUGUAUGCCUGCGAGUGCUGCGGUCAGGGAUUCUCCGACUCCCGGCAGCUGAAGAAACAUCGCUGUGAAGAUGACGGGUCCACCGCCGAGUCCGGAGGCAAACACAAGAAACACAGAGACCAGUUCACCUGGACACAGGAGUUCACAAACCAGUGAUACCUGAGAGCUCUCACAGGGAUCAACACGGAUCUAUUAGGAUCAAUACAGGUCAAUAAUGCUGAAUUUAACUAAUGAUCAACUAAGCUCAGCUUCUGUUUGUUUCUGACUGAGAUGUUCAGGUUGAUCUCAGUCUCAGGUCUGAGUUCAGGAUAGAGGCAGCGGUUAGCUUAGCUUAGCAUAAAGACUGGGAACAGUUAGCUUAGCAUAAGAAGUGUAAACUGAGUGACAUGUUUGGUCAGAUUGUUCUGUGAUUUGACUGGAACUCCCUGUUGGAUCUGUUUGUUGUGUAUCCAUCCACCCAGUGUUAGAGUGGUCGGAUAUCCAACACAGAUGUGUUGGAUAUCCAACAGAAAUAAUCCUGAAAUGAUGAACUGUUCAUUUAAAUGAUUCAUUAUUUUGAAUAAAAUAUUUAAUAGUAAUAAAAUGUGUUAAUAAAGAAUCUGGUCACAGAAGCUGAAUUUAAAAAGUUUUUUAUCACAUUAAAGGUUGAAGGACAGGUACAGUUCUUCACCACCUGAUCACCACACCUGUACUGUUGUUUUUCUCUGUUGUUCUGAUGUUUAUUUCAUCCAGAAAAUGUAAAAGAAGUUAAAUUAAACAAAAAUCUAUAAUCUAUCAAA